GUCAUUAUAAGUUUAACCUCCGCGCCCUCCGAGCUGACAGAACAAUGGCGACUUCUUCCAAUGGAUCUGUCCCUCGAUCUGUCCCUGCAGCCCAAAACUCUUUGAGAAAUAGGCAGAUUGCUGCCAUAAAGUCUAUGCUAAAUUUCAAUUCUCAAGUGAACAAGAGCUUACAGCCAUCGGAACCUGUCUGGAAAUUAUUAGUGUACGAUAAGUUUGGUCAAGACAUUAUCUCACCUUUACUGACUGUCAAGGAGCUAAGACAAUUGGCCAUCACACUUUACCUUUCAGUUGAUGGUAGUCGUGAGCCAGUUCCUGAUGCAGCUGCUAUAUACUUUGUGACUCCAACCCAAGACGUUGUGUCUCGCUUGUGUCGUGAUCUUCACUCGUACCUUUAUGAGUCUUAUCAUUUUAAUUUCAUCACUCCGGUCCCACGCCCACUUCUUGAGGAGGUAGCCAAAGCAGCCGUUGAUGCCAACUGCGUGGCACAAGUAUCAAAAGUUUAUGAUCAAUAUCUAAAUUUCAUUUCACUUGAAGAUGAUCUCUUCAUCACGAGACAUCAAGAUAAAACAGCAAUCUCAUACUACGAAUUGAAUCGCCCUGAUUGCAAGGAUACAGACAUACAAGCUAUCACUGAUAUAAUAGCUGACUCUUUAUUCUCUGUCUUUGUCACUGCUGGCAUGGUUCCCAUCAUAAGGUGUCCUAGAGGUAAUGCUGCUGAAAUGGUAGCCGAGACACUUGACAAGAAGAUUAAAGAUAAUCUUCGUGACCCACGAACCAGCAUGUUCACUGGUGACACACUCUCCGUCUCACAGAUUGGUUUUUCUCGGCCACUUCUCAUAAUACUUGAUCGUACGAUGGAUCUGGCCACACCUCUCCAUCACACGUGGACAUAUCAAGCUCUGGCACACGAUGUCUUUGACUUACAAUUAAAUCGAAUUACGAUACCUCAGUCGACCGAUGAUGAAGGGAGUGUCCAGCAGGCGAAAUCUUACGAUCUUCAUGGUAGUGAUGGUUUCUGGAGGUCGUAUAAAGGCAGUCCAUUCCCUGAGGUAGCUGAUGCUGUCCAGUCUGAAGUGACAGCUUAUAAAGCAAAGGAGACUGAGCUCUCACGACUGAGGGAUGUUAUGGGUGCAUCUAAUGGAGAUGAUUCCCAAUUAAUGCCCGCUGAUCUCAGCGACAGUACGGCUAAACUGACAUCAGCAAUAACUUCUCUUCCUGAGUUGAUGGAGAAGAAGAAGAGCAUUGACAUGCACACGAACAUUGCCACUUCUCUCCUUGACCAGAUCAAGAAAAGGAAACUUGAUUUAUUUUUUGAGAUUGAAGACAAGCUGCUUACAAGAUCAACACCAGAUAAGCCAAUACUGGAUAUACUAACGGAUCCAUCAGCUGGCGAACCUGAAGACAAAUUAAGAUUAUUUCUUAUAUAUUAUAUUCUCUCACAAGACACAAUGCCAGAGUCUGAAUUAGAGCAGUAUCUCACUGCUCUAGAGUCAAUGGCAACUGAUACAUCUCCAGUACAUUAUAUUAAGAAAUGGAAAGCGUUGACAAAGAUGGCUGCCAACCCAAGGAUAGCCAAACAGGCAAGCACUGGAUACUCCUCCAGCUCCAUGAGUACAAUGUUUCAGCAUCUAUACACGUCAGGGACCAAAAUGAUGGAAGGAGUUAGGAAUUUUGUUAUAAGAACGAAAGACUUACCUUUUACAAGAAUAGUGGAUCAGCUAAUGGAAAUGAAAGUGACAAAAGAGACUGAAGAUUUUCGUUAUUUUGAUCCCAAACUACUAAGAGGAACUGACAGUUCGGCGAGAGGGCGUGGCCCUUUUCAAGAGGCUUACGUUUUUGUGGUUGGAGGUGGAAACUACAUUGAAUAUCAAAACCUUCAAGAUCAUUGCUCAAGACAGCAAGCAGGCAGCAGUGGUACUGCAAUAAACCAGCCCACUAAGAGGAUUACGUAUGGGACAACUGAACUAAUGGAUGCAACCGAGUUCUUAGCACAGUUGUCUCUUUUAGGAAAAUCGAUAGAUUGAUUAACAAUGAUUAAGUUAUCAAUCAUUAUUAAUAAUAUUAUUAAUAUUAUACAAUAAUUCUCAAUAAUAUUUGAUUUUCAAUAU